AUGUGGAUGCUGAAGAUCUUUCUGCUCGUUACCCUCUUCCUGGGAUUCUCCACCGCCGUAGACCUACAGGUCUGGCGAGAUACCGUUGUCAGAUCUGAGAAAGUCGACGACGACAUUGUUCUCUACAGUGCGAGAGCUACAUUCAAGAGACAACUGAAGGAUACACAGCUCGUUCAGCUAGCGAAGGAUGCAUAUGAUGCCAUGCAGGGCGAAGCCGAGAAGGAUAAUAUAGAGCCAAAGCUACGACCAAAAGUCAUGGUGGCUCUUGCCGUCCACCAGGAAGUUUUCUUGACGUCGUCAGCGAUGGGGCCCCCAUUGCUGUACGACCGAACGACGAAAAGUGGCGACAAAGGCCAAACUCCGCAGGGGGCCCCUCCGGAGCUGAUGAGGAUGUUUAACCUCUGCAGCCAAAACUUCCUCGGUGGUGCCAAACAUCAGUACGAGGCGUCAUGUGGGGACAUCAAUGCAUUUCUUGCGUAUUCUGAACGGACCGGGAAAGAUGUUCGAAAUCUGGCGCAGGACGGAAGGCUAGUGGUAUGGGGCGUGGGUGCCGAUGAGGUUGGGGAAAAGGAAGCACAUAUCAUGGAGUCAUGCUAUGAUCAAAACGACUGGAAGUUCGGCUGUGACAAGGCUGUAAAGGAAUUCUAUGAAAAGAUCAAUGUGGUGAAGGAUGUCGACCCAGAGCCCUACGACAAAGGGGAUCUACAAGUCAUUACCGCACAGCAUCUUUGGCUUGCCGAACAUACUUGCCCUCUACCCAAGGAGAAGGCCCUCACCGUUCAACAAGUCACCAUUCCCAACCCAAACAAGAAAGGCGCUAUAUUUCUUGUCUAUGGCACCCGCGUCACCUUCACAGAUCCCCAAGAAGAAAUUACGGACGCGCAUAUCGUAGCCCUGGCGCAAGCCGCGUUUAAAUCGAUGGCUGGCAUGAAACCUCCCAAAAAAAUCAGACAGCAGCCAACGGUCAUGAGUGCACUGAAGGUUGACAAUGAGGUGUUCCUUGCUUCCAGCAUGAAGGGUGGUUUGGGCGCAUACAUAUACACGGCAUUUGAAGGCGAGCGUCCGGUCCCCCCUACUGGUCAAAAUACGGGGGCAGAGGCUUACGGAGAAUUUACCAACGUUCUGAUCGAGAAUGCACCGGACGUCCGGGAUGCCUUGCAGGACUGCAGUAUCAAAGCCGUGGAUCAGUACGGCAAGAGGGAUUGGGAAUUCACAAACACAACGGCAGCUUCGAUCACCGGUCAGGGGUUGAUGAAUACUAAGCAAAGUGGGGAGAGUCUUCUCCCACGGGGCCCCGACGAAAACAUAAUUCAACAUCGAUUCAAUGCCAACUGUGGAGAGAUCAUGGUCUCUCUGGCGUAUCGGAUGGCCCACAAGAAGGAGACGGACAAGCUGAGACACUUGAAGCCGAAGCCCAAGAUUGUUGCAUGGGAAAAGGGCGAGGCAGAGGGAAACAUCAAACCCGCUUGUGAGCAUAGUCAGGGCAACAACGAGGAGGAGAAAUGCGGCGAGGGUUGGGGUUGCGCGGCGUUUACCGGGGAAACGGGCAUGGGUUUCGAUGUGAUCCGUGAAGUGAAGAAGGAGGAUAUGAUUAGCCUGAGCGACCCAACCUUCCCGAAGUUCAAACAACACCCGGUAGAAUUCCCCCGGCUGAAAGUUAAGAAGGAGACCUCGGGGCCUUCUGACGGCAAGAAGCACUGA